UUUUUCACGAUUGAUGGUGUCGGAAGCCAUAAACCAGAUAUUUUGUUAGCGAUACCUGCUGGAACACUAGCAGAGCAGAAAGCAUGGAGCUCAAACUCCGCGCAUCAAUGGCUUCCAUUCCACGCGCAGUCUUCACCAAUUCCUCUUCCUUCGUUCCUUUCUGUACCUACACGGUUCCCGACGCUAGCAGGCGUCGAAACGGCAACACCGGCAGUCGUUCCACUCACAAAAUCACUCCUUUGCGUAAGGAGAAACAUCCCAAUGAACAGAAAUUGAAGCUCGACCAUCAAAACCAAAACCCCUUGAAUGUGGACUUGGUGGCCCUCUGUGAAGAGGGUAACCUCGAUCAAGUAUUGGAACUCAUGGGUCAAGGUGCUGUGGCUGAUUAUCGCGUUUAUCUCGCGCUCUUGAAUUUGUGUGAGCAUACGAGGUCGCUUGAAUCGGGGAAAAGGGUCCAUGAAAUUCUGAGAAGAUCGGCCUUUCGUGGGGACGUUGAAUUGAGCAACAGAUUGAUUGGGAUGUACUGCAAAUGUGGCAGUGUGAAGAAUGCACGCCGAGUGUUUGAUCAAAUGCUGGACAGAAACAUGGCUACAUGGCAUUUGAUGAUUGGUGGGUACACGAGUAAUGGUUUAGGGUGUGAUGGUUUAUUGGUUUUCCAGCAGAUGAAGCAAGCAGGGGUGCCACCUGAUGGGGAAACUUUUGAAUUGGUUUUGGCUGCAUGUGCACAGGCAGAAGCUGUGGAAGAAGGGUUUUUACACUUUGAGUCCAUGAAGGAGUAUGGAAUUGUUCCUAGCAUGGAGCAUUACUUGGAGGUUAUUAACAUUAUGGGGAAUGCUGGUCAAUUGAAGGAAGCUGAGGAGUUCAUUGAGAAUAUACCAAUUGAGUUUGGAGUUGAGGCUUGGGAGUCUCUUCGAAAAUUUGCACGAAUUCAUGGAGAUUUAGAUCUUGAAGAUUGUGCGGAGGAGUUGUUAACGCGUUUUGAUCCUUCAAAAGCCGUUGCUGAUAAACUUCCAACACCUCCAAGAAAGAAGCAGUCUGAUGUUAACAUGCUAGAGGAGAAGAAUAGGGCGACUGAGUAUCGGUAUUCUAUACCAUAUAAAGAAGAGGAUCAUGAGAAAUUGGGAGGUUUGAGUGGGCAGAUGAGGGAAGCAGGUUAUGUGCCGGAUACAAGAUAUGUCCUCCAUGACAUUGAUGAGGAGGAAAAAGAGAAGGCCUUGCAAUAUCAUAGCGAACGUUUGGCAAUUGCUUAUGGUCUCAUCAGUACACCACCAAGGACUACACUUAGAAUCAUCAAGAACCUACGUAUCUGUGGGGACUGCCACAAUGCAAUCAAAAUUAUGUCAAAUAUUGUUGGAAGGGAGCUAAUUGUUAGGGAUAACAAGCGAUUCCAUCAUUUCAAAGAUGGAAAAUGCUCCUGUGGAGAUUAUUGGUAGUGUUGGUAAAAGUACUCAACUGUACAUACUAUUGAUUGAUGCUGUACUGCUAGAUUGUUUCUUAUUUGCUGCCAAAAAUGUAAAGUUCAAAUCCAUAGUCGGGCAGAUCAAAGAAAUUUUUGUUCCAUCUAUGAAUUGACCUGUGUAGUGUCUUUCUCUCUGUUGUAUAUGUUUGUUAGUAAAGGUUGUGCGGCUGAUAGUGUGCUAAAUUUCCAUCUAACAAUAAUUGGGAUGCUGCAUAUUUUUUUAUGUUGGCUCCUGGAAUAUACUAUAAUGCAUUCUUACGAA